AUGUUCGUCGGAGUCGGGGCCAGACGAAUUCGACAAUUAUAACAGGCCCGCGAAAAGAGUCCUGCAAUCAUUUUCAUCGACUAGAUCGAGUCGCUGGCUGGAAAGCGCCACUCCAAAGACAUAGCUCACAGCAGGGACACCAUCAACCAGUUCCUGACCGAGCUGGACGUCAAGCAGUCCGAAAAGGUGCUGGUGAUCGGCGCCACCAAUUUCGAGAAGGACCUGGACCCGGCGGCGCUGCGCCCAGGCCGAUUCGAUAAGAUCAUCAGAGUCCCCCUGCCUGACCUGGAGUGUCGUACAAAAUAAUUUAGCCACUAUCUCAGUAAAGUGAAGCAUAGUGGAACCGACUCCGCCUUGCUUGCGCGCCAGACCACAGGGCUGUCCGGGGCCGACAUCAAGAACAUUGUCAACAUCGCCGCCAUCAACGCCGUCAAGCAUGGCCGCAUCGCCUGCCACCUGACCGACUUCGAGUACUCCAUCGACCGUGUGCUGAUGGGCAUCGGGCGCAAGAACAUGCUCGUGGAUGAGAAGGUGAAGCUCAUGACUGCCUACCACGAGAUGGGGCAUGCUCUCACCUCUCUACUGACCCAAGGCUCGAGCCAGCUCAACAAGAUCACCAUUCUGCCGCGCGGGCCUGCUCUUGGCUUCACCUCGUUCAUGCCGGGCGAGGAGAUGAUCAACAGCAUGACCAAGGAGAACCUGCUGGCCUACAUCGACACGUGUAUGGGGGGCAGGGCGGCAGAAGAACUGUUUUUCGGGAACGACGAGGUCACGAGCGGCUGCAGCAGCGACCUUGCGCAGGCCACCAAAGCGGCUUACCAGCUGGUGACUGGCGGGAUGGAGCAGCCGAAUCUCCUGUCGAUCGAGGACAGCAAGGUGUCAGACCUGUUCCGAGGCAAGCUGGACGAGCUGGUGGAGGGAGUGCUGCGGGAGUCCUACGAGCGGGUGAAGGGGCUGCUGCGAGGCAAAGAGAAGCUCAUGCAGAAGCUGGCGAUGGAGCUGCUGGUCAAAGAGACGCUGACCGCGCAGCAGAUGCUGAGGAUAAUUGGACGCUUCGAAAUCCGCGACAUCAAGGCCCUCGAGCACGACAUCCUCCCCAACUACUUCCGACACGGCAAAUUUAGUUCCUUCGUCCGGCAGCUGAACAUGUACGACUUCCACAAGGUCCGAGGCAGCACCAGCUACGUCUUCACGCACAGCAACUUCAAAAGGAGUGAGCAGUGGGAACACUAUUCCCAGAUCAAAGACGAGGUGUUGAGACAAGUCAGCUUGAAAGUCGACGACAGCUCGAACGAACGAGAAGUGUCGAUCGAGGGCGAGAUCCAGCACACCGAGCUGGAGGGGCUGGCCCAGCGCAGGAACAUCUCUCUGAUGCAGAUCGAGAGCGAGAACUUCUUCAGGCGGACGAUGCUGGAAUCCUUGCACUCCUUCAGGAACUUUGAACAUUUCUGA